AUGGUAUCCGAGGUGGAGCAAAAAAAACCCUACCAGCCGUAACUAUGUCAGGAACUUCAGCCACCACCAACGCUGCCACCACUGAUGACAUUGUGUCUGCUGUUUCAGAAUUACCAUUUCCAUCACCAGCGUUUAACCCCACCCACCAACUCCCAAUCAAACUGACUUCAACAAACUUCUUACUCUGGCGAACACAGUUUAUGCCUAUGAUUCGUGGUUGUGGAUUAGAGCAUCAUCUUGAUGGCUCUCAACCAACUCCGGCAAAACUUCUUGGUGAAAAUCAAUUGAAUCCUGCAUAGUAUAAUUGGGUACGACAGGAUCAAAUGGUUUUAAGUUGGAUUAUGGCCUCUGUUUCAGAGAGUGUUUUACCACAAAUAGUAGGCCCCGAGAUGGGUCGUGCGGCCUGGGAAAAAUUGACUUCGGCGUAUGCUACGGCAUCGAAGUCAAAGAUUCGUGAAUUGAAAAAUUAGUUGUAUACUAUUCGUCAUGGAUUUGAUUCGAUUGAGACGUAUGUCCAGAAAGCCAAGAGUAUAGCGGAUCAACUUGCAGCCUUACAACAUCCUGUUAAUGAUGAUGAUCUUGUUGAGUAUGUUAAAAGUGGCUUGGGUGCGUCCUAUCGCCCUUUUACAAGAUCGCUUGAUGCUACGCAAAAUGCUAUAUCUUUUGACACCUUGUCCGGCCUACUUUUGACGGAAGAAAGACAAUUGCAGCAUGAAGAAUCGGCUACAAUUGCACCAACAGCUCACUAUGGAAUGGCUCAACCUCAGCGUGGGCGAGGUCGGGGACGUGGUAAUCGAGGAUGUGGCAGGGGUGGCUUCUUUAAUUCUCAAACUUCUGCCCCGAAUAACCAACUUCACAUUCCAGCCACUCAAGCAGCACCAUUGGAUACUUCUACCAUCACUUGUUAUAAUUGUGGAGGCCUCGGACAUGUGUCUCGUGUUUGCCCUUCACCAAAGACUGGGAAUGCUAAUCGUGGUGUCACUAGACCAUCCUCCAACCUUGCUAGCACCUCUUCACAAUAUACUCAACCAUGGCUUGUGGAUAGUGGCACCACACACCAUCUUACUGCUAAUCUUGACAACCUUGCUAUUCAAUCUGAAUAUCAAGGUUCUGAAGAAGUUGUACUAGGAUUUGGUAACGAGGGCUCCAGUGUUCGAAGGCCCGAAUAAAGAUGGUCUAUAUCACUUUCCACUGGCGCUGUUGCAGUCUCCUAUCCAGUCAUACUCUGCAAAUUUGAGCACGUGUCAUGCUCGGCUUGGACACGCUUCUCCUUCAACAGGUCAUCAUUUAGUAUCUAGUAAUAGUUUAGGUUCUGAUAGUGCUAGUGGUCGUAGUUCA